CAAUCGAAGCUUAUAUUGAGAUGAAACCUUUUAAACUUUCAAGUAAAGUUGAUAGAUAUACGUAUGAAACAGCAUUUUCAGAAGCUGAAGAGAGAUUAAAUUUUAUGAGAAAUUUAUUAAUAUAUUAUACAGCGCAUAUUAAUAAACUUGAUAAUAUUGAAAAUUUAAUGCCGAAAAGAAGAAAACAUCAUCUUUAUUUUAAAGAAAAAGCUUUUAAAGAAAAGACUUUAAAGGGUUUUCAAGUUGGAGCUACAAUAGCUGUACAAAAUUUAAAGAAAUUUAUCAAAGAGCUAAAAAAUGAAUUAGAUUUGUAUUACGCGUCGGAUAAUGAAUAA